UACUUGACAAACAUUCACGAGCAAAAAAUACUUGUGUUAGAAGAAGAGAUAUUGACUACAAUAUGCUUGGGGUUUCAACGUUUUGGUUUGCCGCCAUGGGAUUGAAACAUAAAGUCAUGUAUACAGGAUGUUUACUUGUUUUUACUAUUGGAGUUUUAGAGGCCAAUUUUAUAAGCAACCCGCCGAGCACGUGGUAUGACGGGUACAUAAAAUGUCGACACAAUAAUCAGACCAUGUUGAACUGGGUAAUGUGGAAGGAUGGAACAACGGACCUGAAAAUACAAUAUCCCGUUUGGCUCUACGGCUUCGAAGUGCGAAUCCACAACAAAAUUUCAGACAAAUUCUUCAAACUCGAUCAAUUACAAAACACCAGGACCGCCUAUGUUCGUUGCGAGGCGGGCUCAUUCGAGGACUAUACCCUUUUCAACUUUGAGCAAGCUCACAUAAUUUGUCAGAAUCAUACAAAUGGAACUAGGAAACUACUCACAGUGAAUCACACUAACUUGGACAAGUUUAAAAUAAGCAGGGAAAUUAUUAAUAUUUUGUUUUGGACACAAGCUGUGGAAGUCGGAACAUUUCUCAACUCGGAAGACUUCAUAGUGCAGUGUUUAAUGCUCAACCAUCAUGGCGAGUUACGAAAAGACAGCUGUGCAAAAAGCUAUUCGUCCGUCUGCGUAAACGCAACUGUUCACGACACUAUAUCGUACAUCGGACAAGAUUCGUUGGUGCAAAACUACGAUCCGACGUCAUCUAGCACACCCGUGGCAUCAUCCGCGGUUACUUCAGAGUUUGUGACGUCACAAGCCGAAGAAGAGGCAGAGGCGUCGUCUAUUGUUACAGGGGUUGUAUCAGCGCUUAGCUCAUGUGUGGUCGUACUGAUCUUCAUCAUCGCUGGUAUGUGCAUCAAGAGGAAACAAGGGAACAACACUAGAAUUAUCUUUCAACAGAACGAGCUUGUACAGCCCUCGAUAGUUCCGCAGGAAGUUAAUGACGACAACAGCGUUCAUGUUGAUGUAAUUUCCGACAAUAUAGCGGGACGUGAGGCAACACCGUACACCUCGCUCCAGAUGACAGAAAAGCAUCUGUACACUGCCUUGGUGGGACCCAGCUUCAUGUCAACAGAAACGUCUUUUGUAAUUGGUCGAAUAGCCAAUAGGGACUUUCACGUUGAGACACAGUUUGAAAUGUCAGAACGACAAGAGAACAAUUACGACGAACCUGAAAAUGACGGUCCAGGGGACACAAACUACGAUGAUGUCGAAGUGUUGGAAAAAGACAUACCAGGACAGACAAACACCGAAUCCGAGGCCACAACGUCGUAUUCGUUUGUUAAAUAAGGUUGGAACGAACUACGCUAAGAAAGGUCAAACUUACCCGGAUGUAAUCCAGCGCAGCUCAUUCCCGAUUACGGUGACUCAUCCUCUUAAGAUUCGACCCCCUCAAUCCCUAAAAACAAAUUGCAUCUGAAAUCGAUCACAUAACGAAAAUACGACACACACACGCAUUGGCAAAAUGAUAACGCAGGUUUGAAUAGUCGUGAUAUUUAUGCUACACACUACCUACUCCUACGUUAAAAAUUAACUUAGAAACAAAAAUGGAAAUGAGUAUAGUGUACUAAGAAUUUAAUUUCGAAUUAAACGUCGACAAAUUAAAAAAAAAUGUUUUAGCAACUUGUGUGAAAUAACUAUGUAAAUAUGUGAACAAUGUAACUUAAAAACACAAAUUCCAUGUAAUAAUGUACGUGAAUUAUGAUAUAACAAACGUGUUGAGCUAUUAAAAUCAUACAAAUUGUAAUUUUCUAAUUGGUGUAGUUGUGUUUUUUGUUUUGUUUUUUUCCUUUGUUUUUCCCUCAUCAAAUUAUCCUAAAUAGUUAAUUGUUGCAUAUACAAACCUUUAGUAUGUGUUUUGUAAAUAUAACUAAAAGAUAUCUUUGGGUUUAUUUUCUAAUACAGAUUUCUUUGUAUUGUAGUGUCACUGCCAUGUUUCACCCUAAACAUCAUAAUAAUGUAAAUAAUAAAUACACAUUUUGAAACAGGCAUUAUACGAAAAUGGUAUAUUAUUCAUUUCCUUGAUCAUGUAAAACCUUUUUUUUACCUAAAAUAUUUACUUCAUUAAUAUAUGUGAUAUGUAACAUGUAUAAAUCAUUAUUAGUCAGUCAUAUAAUGUGUGUGUUUUGUAAAUAUUCAAAAUAUAUAUAUGUUUGUUUUCAUUUCCUCAUACUUAUUUUUGUAUUGUAUUUUAAUAGCCAAGUUCCUCCUGAAACAUGAUAAAAAAGUAAAUAAAAUAAAAAUUCUGAAACGAGCAUUAUACGUAAAUGCUAUAUUAUUUAUUCACUUGACCAUGUUAUCUUAAAUACUUACUCCAUCAAUACAUGUGAUAUAUAACCUAUAUUAAUUAUUAUUAGCCGGGUAUAUAAUGUAUGUGUUAUGUGUAUAUUGAAAGCAUGGGAAAAUAUUGCCUUUUGUUCCUCACAUAAGAUCUAUCUAUCUUUCAUGCUGUCGACAACAAACAACUUUCCGACUUAGUUCAUACUAUGAUUAAGAUCAGUUGAAACUUAGACAAAGACCAUAUAAUGUAGUGUCUAAAAUAGGGGAAAAUACAGGUUUCCUCCGUGCAUAUAAACAUUAGCUUGUAUGUACGCUUAUUUUAUAACUACAAUAAAGUUGGAAAAUUAAAACUAUUUUACUAAGUUUUUUUUUCUAAAAUUACUUGGACGGCUUUGAUUUCAAGUAAUCAGCACCGUUUAUAAUGUAAUCGAGAAGCAUUUUGACAAAAAAAUAGGUAAGGCUUUCGAAACUUUUAACAUUGAAAUUAUUAUCAUAAUUGAGAAAUACGUCAACGCUAUUGUAUUACUUCUUCUUUAAUUAAAGAUCCACUAGAUUAGUAAACUAUCCUUAUUUUAUCUGUUUACUAGUUUGGUGCAUGCACAUUUUAAUCAAGAUUUCGUUUCUGUUGUUAGUUUUAAUUUGUUAAAUACUAUUAAUGAUUUUUCACCUGCAAUUGCAAAUUAGAUUGUUACUAUUUAUUUUGAAAUUAUAAACGUUUAACCUUAAAUACCUACAAAGACUAUUUCAAUACUUUGCGUAUUUGUUGUUCACAGAUUCCAACAAUGAAAAUAUCAUAGUUAUAAUAACGAUCUAAUGGACACUGCAAUAGAACAUUAUAUACACACUAAGUGCAUUCUUUUUAAUUAUUUUUUUAUAUUAUUUGUUGAAUUUGAAUUAUUGUCACAUCUUAAUAUCAUUUUACAGACAUUGUGUUUUUGUCAUCCAAUGAUUAGUUAACAAGAAACAUUUUAUUUAUUGUCUUAUAAAUAAAGUCACAAGUUUUGUGUAUUUGUGUAAUGUCAUUUUUAACGUUGUCCAGAUUUGGCAAAUUGUAAUUUGCACCACAGUUCUAGUUUAGUCCCUAUAAUACUUAAUUUAUCUAUGUUCUGUCUGAUUGCACUGGUCGAAAUCCAGUAGUUUUAUCGUCAAAUGUUACCAUUGGAGUUCAUUUCGUUUGAUCUUUAUCGCUUUUUGGAAUUUCGAAAGGUUUACUAAAAAUUAUUUAUGAAGCUUCGGAGGUCAUAAAAAUGUUUUUGAAAAAAGAAAAAAAAUACCCAUAUUAAGAACAAAUUAUUCAUUAACUCCCAAGCCAGUCGUCCUCACGGUUAUGCUUAAAAGAAUAAUUUUGUCCAACACAAAGACCAAACGCUAAAAAAUAACAAUAAACACAAACUUUAUAUUAAGUAAUCUUACACGUCAGCAUGAUUACGUCCCACAUGUGUAUAUGAGUAUAAUUAAGUAAUGCUUAUUAUCCAGGUGUCUGUUGAUUUAUAAUUUAAUGAACGUAUUUCUGAAAAUAUGACUAUUUAAUUGAAGGUUUAACAUCAAACAUGUAUUUUGUUUAGAUUACUUUGUUUGCAUGUGUUUGUUGUUGUUGUUGAUUUCAAAACACUUUGUCAGCGUUAUAUUCUGUUAUGAAAGUAAAAAUACAAUGUGU